AUGUUGGAAUGUCGGAAGUGCCAUCUUCGGCGUAUUUAUCACAGUCUCGCAGCCCGAGAGCUAUCGAUGCGCUCUCAUGAUCUUAUCAUGGGUCCGAUCAAACCGAGGCUCCAUUUUCACCAACUUUCCCGUCUAAUAAAGGCUAUUCUUAUAGCUACCAAAAAACAACGAACUCUUUAUCGCUCUGGCGGCAGUCUGUGUAGCUUUGUGCCUCCAAUUUCUGGUUUACCGCCGCCAAGACCACCACGGGUUCGGCGUUGGAUUUGUAACAAUCACGCAACCGACGUCUUUCGGUUUAUGUUCUACGCAGCUGAUGAUAAUAUUUUUCAUCUUCAUCUUCGGGAAGUGCAAGCCUCACCACCAGCGAAGUGGGUAAGAGUGGUGUUUCCUGAGGGUCAGACUGAAUUCUUUACGAAAGGCCUUUCUGAGUUUGAAAAGGCCUCCUCUGUCCCGCGCUUUCAAACUUCAUACACUGUGCCGAAUUUACUUCUGGGAAAUGAUGAUUUCGUUCCCUCUUCCGGUUUGACACUCAUUUUGGGCGCUGAGAAGUUUAGUGGGUCAAGCCGUGGAAAACUGUCAAGGAAAGAUGUCGAGGAUGCAAACCGUCGUUGGAAUGAGGGCUACAAAGAUCUCAAGCCUCUUAAACGCGAGGAAAAAUGCUGCAAAAGGGUGAGUUUCCCCCAAUAUUCACCUGUAACUCGUAUUCAUCACUUGAUCACAUACGGAACUGCAAUGAGACUACUGCGUAAAGACCGCACGUGGGAAUUUUAUUGUGUGGAUCGAACAAGGGAGGGUCGAACCGUUGAGGAGGAAAUUGAAGAGGAGGAGGCUGGUGCAACUUCUGCUGCUGCUGACCCCGUGGAAGGAAGAUCAUAUAAUAGUAAUGGAAGCGAUGUGGAAGCGAACCAUUUAAGUGAAAUUGUGCCAAUGCCUCCACCUUUAGAGACGAUUGGGAAUCAUGCUGGAGUUAUGGAUAUUAGCCGCAAAAAGCGUCGUAGAAAACGCCGACGGCGUUGUAAUAAGGGCAACGAAGUUUCACCCUCUGGAAAUGCGUCAUCUUGUCCCACGUCGGACUUGUUACAAGGAGCUUCAUCAUCAUCAUUCCGCUUGGAUUCAUCUUAUCUCGAGAAACUAUCAUCUCUUCUCUUCAAAGAGGUGUAUUCUCCACCCUCACCCAAGCCAAGUACCUCGUCUAGAGUUGUUGAUGAGUUUUUCUUGUGA